GUUUGCUUAGCUGAACUGCACGCCAUGAUUUACUGUGGGAAUUAAGGAGCAACACUUUGUUUAUAAGGCUGCAUUCGGCUUGUCAUUAAGCAGCAUCUCCACAAACAGUCAUGAAAUUUAAAAAGCAUUCGGUAAUGUGCAGGGUAUGAGCUGUCAGACUCUAAGAUGCUGACAAGUAAGACGACAGAGGUAGAAGAUAGGGUACUGAUGUUGCAUUUCUAUAUUGCUCUGUGCUGCACUUUGUCUCUCUGCGUGUGUGCACAGGAGUUUAACAUCACUCCACUAGAUCCUGCUGUUUGCGCUGGUGCCGAUGUCACAUUCAGGUGUUCGUCCGCGGCUGACAAGAUGUCUCAACUGAAACAAAUACAACCGAUUAUAUUACGCGAAGUUGAAGGGGAUACAGACUUGAAGUUAAUCAAUCAACACACAUCUGAGCUUACACUGUAUAAUGUGACAAAUAAAGAUGAUAAGUUACUUGUGUGUUGUAGUUUGGUUCACGGCGACUGUGACAUACUUUUAGCUUCGACACUGAAUGUAUACCCGUUACCCGAGAAGGUGCAUAACUUCAGUUGCCUUGUCGAGAAUUACAACUCGAUGAACUGUUCUUGGAACUACGGGAAAAUUUAUGGACCAUUUAAAGAACCAGAGGUGGCACUGCAAUGGAGAAUGCAGAAUGAUUCAUCAUGGAAGGAAUGUUCGAAUCUCAACACAAGAUAUGGUUACUGUUACUGGGAUACCUCUCAUUUCAUUAUGAAAAAAAUGCAGAUAAGACUUACCUUAACCCAGCCGUGUGAAGUUAGUGUCGUAUCAGAUUUCCAAAUAGACACUUCGAAGAUAGUGAAACCAGAUCCAGUUGUUGCCCUUUCAAGUAAGGUGUUAAAUAGCACUUGCAUUCAAAUAGUGUGGAGUAAUACAGUUAAUAUAUACAGAAAAGAACACAGAGUAAUUGUAUCCAGUAAAUGGAGAGAUAACCGAGAAUUACGUAUUAAUAGUACAGCUGAUACAGAAAAUCUUUCACAAAGAAGAACGUUUUGCAACCUACAUCCACAUACGUACUACACUUUUACCGUAAGCACACAGCCUACUGGCCAACAAGCAGGGUUUUUCAGCGAUCCGAAGGCUAUAGUUGCUCUGACAUAUUCGGACAAGCCAAGUACCAGUCCGAAGGUUACAAAAGGUGGCUAUCAUUGGCAUCGCAUGGAAUGCGAAGGAAAUAGCAAUAUAAGGCGUGUUUGCAUAUUUUGGAAGCCUCUCAAGGAGGAGGAUAAAAAUGGUGAUAUCAAAGGCCUGCAUGUAACAUUUACUGCGGUUCAAAGAAACGGACCAACUUUCCAAGAGGACUGGCCUGGAGAUUUGACAUAUGGUUGUGUUAAUGGCUUGCUUUGUAACACGGCGUAUACUUUCACUAUAAAGGCAGAAAACAUCAAUGGUACAUCUGAACAAGGAUCCACAUUGUAUAUAUCAUCUGCAAACUCGGGCAUACCACAGCCAACGUUCAUUGUGGAGUCAAACAACGAGAACCAACUAUAUGUCAGCUUGGCAAAUGUGGAGAGAAUUAAUGCUGAUGGCUUCGUUGUAGCAUGGUGUCGCAAUCAUAACGGCGGUUGUAAGAGUGACCACGAAGUUCAAUGGAAGCGUUUCCCUUGGAAUACAAGAGAAGUUGUUAUACAAAUAGAUCCAACAAAGUCACCCCAAGACUUCUUGUACGGUGUGAGUGUAUUAACAGAGCAAGGCAGCAGUGGUGUAGAGUGGCAAGAUUGUGUCUACAUGAAAAACAUCAAACCCAAGAGGGAACCACGCAAUGUGGCAGUGUCAGCAGGGCAGGAAGAUAAUUCUCUGGUAGUUACGUGGGAUAAACUGACAUGUAAAUCAGAUGAACCUUACAUAGCCAUGUAUAAUGUUCGAUACAACAAACUUGGUGAUGAAUACCGCAAAUCACAAACUGUAACAGCGUCAGGUGAAGCAAGACUUGUAAUGGAAGACUUAGAAGAGGAUCAGAUAUAUGAAGUUACCGUUAGAGGAAUUACAAAAGAUGGAGGUUUUGGACCAGAUAGUGAACCCAGGACGGGAAUUCCAUUAAAUAAAAGUUUGAAAACUGGAACAAUCGUCGGCAUAUCCGUGACUGCAUUUCUGUUUGUUGUAUUAUCUGGAGUUGGUUGUUACUGCGUGAUAAGCGGAUGUACGAAGAAAGCAAAGUACGCCAUUAAUGAGGCGGCAAAAAUAACUAUCCCUGGUCUAAAUAAUAACGAUGUCAAUACACCAAGCGAAGGUACAUCAGUCGACUGCGAUCCAAGUUAUAUAUUAGCUGCACGCUUUUAUAUGUUUGCCUGUUCUUUUCUGAAAGCUGCUGUGUUGCCUGGUUUGGUGUCAACAAGUUCAAAGUUGCGUUAG